GAGUUUUCCUUUCAUCCUCACUAUCUUAAAACAAAUCUACUGCGAAAGAAGAAAAUUUAAGGGUGGUGAAAGACAUAAAAAAGGUGUAAGCUGGUUGAUUAUAAUAUAAUGGGGUUAAAAAGCCAUUGUAUUGUAUCCACUGAAACAGAGGAUAUGAUGCAAUAGGAAACAGCCCUGUUCUCCCGGAUUUCUGUCCCAAACAGAUAAGCCGAGCACUAGCUAAAUAUACAAGUAAAGAGGCAGGAAGAAUGACAAGUUUCCCUUUAUGCAAACAAAAAAAAGUGCCAGAUUCCCAGAGAAAUACAGUGAACAGAUUCUGUGUGCUUGAAUAGAGAGUUUGACUGCAUGUCUAUUGCUUUAUGGUGUAUAUGCUUAUGUUCACAGCUAUGGCUUCAAAUGAAACACAUGAGAUUUGGGAAAUACUAAAACCUAUUGAUUUUGAGGAGCUCAUCCUGGCAUUUUCCUUGUCGAUAAUGAUGGGUCUGCUCAUCGGGAUCUUGAUUUUCCUCCUCCUAACAUGGAUGUCGCGCCGCAGAGCUUCAGUCAGGAUUACCAGAUGUCAAAACCAGCAGUCCGAUUCUAAAAACUCUCGUAAUCAGAACUGCCAGCUCAGCCACUACAAAAGUCAUUGUGAAGGUGUGGGUAGGGCCGUUUUAAACCUCCACAGACAGACGUCUGUAGACCCCAACGAACUACUGGGUCGAAGCCCCAGUUUCCAAAACUCCACUUUUCGGCCACCAAUGAAAAAGACUAAUAAGACCAGCGAUGAAGCAGAAGAUGAUAACCAGGCUGCAUUGAUUCCUAACAUCUCAGAUCCGUUUAGUACGGCACCAGCAGAGUCCUUUUGGCUGGGAAAGGGCAGUCUAAGAGGUUUUUUACCCAGACAGACUCCACCACCUGCAUAUGACAGCGUCAUCCACAUCUUUCAAGAGAAUGACAACAGAGACUAAGGCCUUGCAAAGGAUUGUACAUACAGUAAAUCACUAAACAUGAGUUUAAUGUUAAAGACUGGAGUAUAAGGGGAAAAUAUGACUGGAAUCUUCACACUACUCUGCUUUAUCUUGUUCCGGCUAUUAUUUGAGAAUUGGCAUGCAAUGGUGUAAGAAGUAGGAAAUGGCAAAACUGAACAUAAUUGUAUAUAACCUUGUGAAAUAAAUGUGUGUGUACCUUAUAAUAAAUAACAGAUACUU